AUUUUUGACACAAAUUCUCUUUAGAAUUGUGCACUUUGAGUGAAAACAUUUUGUGUUUGUUUCGAAAAUGAAAAUUUCUUUUCUGCUAUGGAGCUUGUUGGCAACGUAUAUACACGCAACCAUCGCCCGUAGUCCUGAGUUGUUUACCUGCGAUUUCGAUCUUGUUAACGGUCAAGGCAAUAGUCCUUAUCAACCGUGGACGCGUAGCUUCCUCUCGUCUAAUUGCUUAAAUAUGUAUGAUAAACAGCACACGGAUCGACACAUGUACGAUAUGUAUAUGAACGAAGCGUUGGAGUUUCGAAAAUUCAUAGCGGCCAUAGAGAAUUACGAAGCGAAAAAGUCGGGAAAACCAUUGUGUCAUGAUAAGGAAUAUGCUUUGAACCUCGAAGAUCGUCAGAAAUUCUAUCAGCUGGCAAAUCUUUUUGACUGCUACAAGAUGAAUAAUUAUGAAAGCUUUCUCUACUGCAUUACGGAAAAACGAAAGGAAUUGGUGAAUAUAAUAAAUAAUGCCGGUGCAUAAGUCAAAUGAUCAUCACUUGAAGAUUUUAAUUUGAUACUAAGAAAAAUAUUUUAAUUUUAUAAAAAAUUUCUUCUUUUAAAAAAAUUUUUCGCUUUUCAAAAACUGUUUAAAAUUUAGUGUGAACGCUUUAAAGGCUUGUUUUGAAAAUUAUAUUAAAGAAAAAUAUGAUGAAAUUCGAACGCGACAGCAAUGCACUUUCGAGCAAAUAAAAUCAUAGUCUUAAACUUUUCUUUUCAAAA